GAUCCAGAAUCCAACCCAACAGCGGAAUGGCUUGGAUACUCGCUGAUAGAGUACUAGUACCAUCGCGACCUCAAUAUUAAUGCGACGGAGAGCAUGCAGCAGAGAUAUGUACCCUUGUGGGUUUUCUUUUGCUGUUGUGUUUGGAAAGCUGCUGGGUUCUCUGGUGCGCUGGGGUAUCGACCGGAUAGCGAUAGCACAAGACUAUGCCAAGCCAAAGAAGUCAGUGACACUUCUCGUCGAAAAGCCAUCAGUAGCUGUCUGCCUCUCCUGCUGCCGCCAACUCUUACCCUGGCAGCUCCUGAUCUCGACGAGACAACCACUGUUCCAUUGGAAUAUAUUCCUUCUUUGAGCGCCUAUGUCGCUCAUUUUACCCUCUUUGGAGAACGCUUUGGAGCCAUUGUCGAUACGGGAAGUCCCUUCUUGACGGUCCCGUCUACUUGCAACAAGUGGGCCUACAAAUAUAUUUGGGGCUGUUAUCAUCCCGAACGGACACGAGACAGUGGAUACGCCAAUACUGUCGAGGCUUUUGAUAACAACUAUGGCACAGUGGUUUGGCGCAAAGCAGAGUUCUCCUGGGAACCGCAAGAAACUGCUCAAGACGUGGUUUUUGGAGUGUUGGGUCCCGAUAUCAUGGAUGGACCGGGAGGGGUAUUUCUGGGACUUAUCAAACAAACAGACAGCUGGAUACGACCUUCGUUUUUGGGGCAAACCAACUAUCAAAGCUUUUGUGUGGAUUUGAGGUCCAAUAAUAAUCCAAAAUUGGUACUCUCCAAACAACCCAUGAUUGCUGAAGGCGAUGACUAUGUUCCUCUGGUACGAGAUUUGAAUCGCCGCUACAAGGCUCCUGUGGUACACUACACUGCCAAGGCUUGUCGCUUUGAAGCCAAUGGGUUGCCCCUGUAUCUUUCCGAGAAACAACCAACCUACGUGAUCUUUGAUACAGGCGUUACAGGAAUGGUCGUGUCUCAGGAAUUGUAUGAUGGACGGUACUUGCAAGCUCGAAAGAACCGAGAAAAAUCAUUGUGGGGACAAGUCACAGUUGGGUUUAAAACAAAGGAGGGACAAGAAGUGCACCUGUCGGCCACCAAACCCGUCACGACACCCUUGGGGAAUGCCACACCAUGGCCUCGCUUCAAGGGCAAUUUGAUUGUUUUGGGAUUGGCCUUCUUGGAUGGACGAGCCAUGACCAUUGAUAUCGACGAGGGCAAGUUACAAUUCGUCGAUUGAACGCCGGGUCCCAAUCUUGAUGAUUGCUUCCAUCAGUGGCAUGCAGUGCCCACAGCAGACCCAGGAAGCGCUUUAAUGAGAAUGGAAUUCUGGUAGGUCGAAAACGAUGGACCCCUCUGGAUAGCUAUGUGGCCAGUUCCUAUCCGUCGGGUUGUUAGAAAACCCAAGGAAAGCAAAACAAACAGACUGUCUCAGGCGAAGACGGCUGCUCUCUAUGCAUACCGGUAGACUAGACUAUAGAAAAACUGACAUUCAAUAUGAAAUAAAGGCAAAAAACGAGACCAUCAGA